AUGGCGUCCGUUUCCGAGUCGGCUCUGGUCGCCAUUGCCGCCCAGCUCAGCCAGGUCAUGGGCGCUCUCGAGAAGCAGAAUUCCGAGCUCUCUGAGCUUCGUGUCGAGUGCUCUGCUCUGCGCACCCAGAAUACCAACAUGGAGCGCCUCCUCCAGGAUAACGUGACUGCAUCCCACAGGAAUCAAUCGCACAUGCAGUCGCUCUCGCUUAUACUCGGCCUAUUCAUGAUCCAUUCUCCCCUGCUGCCUCAUACUGAUCCGUCACAGCACAAGUACGACAACCGCAACCUCAGCCUCUCCCACCCCUCCCCGGGCCUUGAGACCUCGUCGCCUUUCCUCUCCGCCACCUCUCUCCCCCGCGUGGCCUCUACUCUCACCUUUAACCCUCUUGGUGAUCAGCCUCUUUUCACCACCGCCUCCCCCGCCUAUGAAAUUCCCGGCUUCUAUGUCGUCAUUCCCGCUGGUGGUGCUGGUACCCGUCUCUGGCCCCUGUCCCGCAAGAACCAUCCCAAGUUCCUGCUCGAUGUCUCGCUUUCAGGCCGCUCCAUGCUGCAGUCUACCUGGAACCGUCUUGUUCCCCUGACUGGUUCCUCUCGCAUGACUGUCGUCGCCGGUCCUGCUCACUCCGAGGCCAUCAAGGGCCAGCUCCCCCAGCUCGAGGACAACAACCUGUUCACUGAGCCUGGUCCCAAGGACUCCAUGGCCGCCAUUGGUCUCGCCGCCGCCAUUCUCGCCGAGCGUGAUCCCGAUGCCAUUAUUGGUUCCUUCGCCGCCGAUCACAUGAUUUCCGGUGAAGAUGCUUUCCUCGGCGCCGUCCGUGAAGCUGCCAACGUCGCCAAGGCUGGCUAUCUCGUUACUAUUGGUAUCGCGCCGUCUCACCCUGCGACCGGCUUCGGUUACGUACAGCUCGGAAAGGCCCUCAACGGCCACAACGCUCCCACCGCCCGUCUCGUCAGCUCCUUCAAGGAGAAGCCCGAUGCCCGCACCGCCGCCAAGUACCUCGCCUCCGGUGAGUACCGCUGGAACGCUGGUAUGUUCGUCACGCGCGCAGCUACCCUCAUGGAGCUUGUACUAGAGCACCGCCCCGAGAUCCACGCUGGUCUCGUCAAAAUCGCCAAGGUCUGGGACAACGAGCCUGAGCGUCUUGCUGUUCUCGCCGAGAUUUGGCCUACUCUCGAGACAAUUGCCAUUGACCAUGCUAUUGCGGAGCCUGCCGCUGCCGAGGGUAAGGUUGCCGUCAUUCCCGCCACUUUCGGUUGGGACGAUGUAGGUGACUUUUCGUCCCUUGCUGAAAUGCUUCCCGCCGAAGCCAACUCCCCUCGCGUUCUCGGUGACAGCGAUCUCGUCGUUUCCGAGCAGACCUUUGGUGGUAUCAUUGUUCCCGGUUCCGGCCGUCUUGUUGCUUGCCUGGGUGUUGACGAUCUGGUCAUCGUCGAUCUGCCCGAUGCGCUCAUGAUCACCACCCGCGCUCGUUCGCAAGAAGUCAAGACGCUUGUGAAGAAGGCCCAGCGGGCUGGUUUCGGGAGCCUUAUGUAG